GAGAAAGAGAGGCGAGCAAAAGAGUUUCAUACAUGUGAAUGUAUUGAAUACGGUGUGUCUGAAACAAAUUAUGCCUAAUUUUUAUCUAUAUCUCCAAAGUCCAAAUUAUGAUACUAUUGAAAACUCGCGUUGAAGGAAAACAAUUUGCUCCUUCGCUGGUGGAAUUUGUGUUGGUUGGCCUAAAAUGUUAUAGGAUGAUGGAAUUACUGUGUCUGCAUUUGUUCUAAAUAUGAGGGCAAAGUUUCCUUGAAUUAUUAUGCCAAGAACUCAUCAACUGGUAAAGAAAUGCUCUGUGCAGCUACUUAGCAAAAGGCAGCAAGGUUGUUUCUUCUCUAAGUCCAUUAGCAGCACUACAAAACCCCAUCAAGAAGAUGACUUCAAUUCAAAAAUUAGUUCUGAAAUGGCCCUGUUUAAGGACUUUCAAAUCUUGAAUUCUGGUUCUAAGCUUAAUGCUUAUUCUCUAGUUCACUUGACCCGUUCAUGUACCAAUCUUGGUUGGUUUUCUCAUGGUGAGCAGCUUCAUUGCUGUAUUUUAAAAUCUGGGUUUGUCAGCAAUGUCUUUGUUGCUACAGCUUUGGUCAAUUUCUAUGUGAAGUCUCAGCUUUUGGGUAAUGCACAACAACUGUUUGACGAAAUGACUGAAACAAAUGUUGUUACUUGGAAUACGUUGAUAUCAGGUUAUGUUCGUUCUGGGCAGUUUACUGCAGCUCUGAACUUGUUUAUUCAACUGGAAAGAUCGGAACUUUGUUCCGAUUCGUACUCUUUUACAGCUGCUUUAUCAGCAUGUGGAUCACUUGGUUUAGUACAACUAGGGAAAUUGGUACAUUCCAAUAUUGUGAAAUUUGGUGUAGAGUGCAGCAUUGUGGUCUCAAAUUCUUUGAUUGACAUGUAUGGAAAAUGUGGCUCUGCUGAAGAAUCGACGAGGGUGUUCAAUGGUAUGAUGGAGAAAGAUACGAUUUCUUGGAAUUCAGUCAUUGCAGCAAAUGCAAGAAACAGCAGGCUUGAUCAGGCAUUUGUUUUCUUACAUCAAAUGCCUGAACCUGAUACGGUGUCAUACAACGAGCUAAUUAGUGGUGUGGCACAGUUUGGUAACAUAGAAGACGCUGUUGAUAUGUUAUCAAGAAUGCCAUGCCCGAAUUCAUCUUCAUGGAAUUCGAUAAUAACAGGAUAUGUCAACAGAGGAAGAGCGAAAGAAGCUCUGCAAUUUUUUCAAAACAUGCAUCUUAGUAAUGUUCUUAUGGAUCAAUUCACCUUUUCAAGUAUAUUAAGUGGCAUUGCUAAUAUAGCAGCUAUAACAUGGGGAAAGUUGAUCCAUUGUUGCACAGUAAAGUAUGGCGUGAACGAGACUGUUGUUGUUGGAACUGCUCUCAUUGACAUGUAUUCUAAAUGUGGGCAAAUGAAUGAAGCUGACAUUCUGUUUGGAUGGCUCCCUGUGAAGAAUCUGAUAACAUGGAACACGAUUAUAUCUGGACAUGGUCAUAAUGGUAAUUCAGAUGAAGUGAUCCGGCUGUUUGAGCAGUUGAAAUCGGUGAAAGAUUUACUACCAGAUGGUAUUACAUUCGUGAAUGUCUUGGCUGCAUGUUGGCAUAACAGAAUAUCUUUCGAGGCUGCAAAUGACUAUUUUGAAUUGAUGGUCAAUGAUUAUGGUAUCUGUCCCAUGCCGGAACACUGCUCUUCAAUGAUUAAGCUCAUGGGACAAGAAGGGGACGUGAGUAAGGCAGAGAAAAUGAUUUAUGAACUCGGAUUUGAAAACUGUGGAUUAAUUUGGAAGGCACUACUAGGUGCUUCUGUCACUUGUGGAGAUAUAACGAUAGCAGAAAUGGCAGCUGCAAAGCUGAUAGAAUUGGAAGGUGAUAACGAGUUUGUUUAUGUACUAAUGUCUAAUAUGUAUGCAUUGCAUAGGAAGUGGAUCGAUGUUGGUGGCAUGAGGGAGCAGAUGAAGGAGACAAGAGUAAGAAAAGAAGCUGGUCGGAGUUGGAUCAAUGUGGAAAACUCAAAUACAAUUCCAUCUAUUAAAUGAUAAAAAGAUUAUAACAAUGCCCUUAUGACCAAAAGUUGCUGGUCAGGUUCCCCUAACUAAUAUUCGAGAAAUAAGUAAAUUGGUAUGUCUCACAAAUCAAAUCCCAAAUACAAGGGCUAAAAAGAAGACAGCCUACCUUGAACCUUAAUUAACAAAAAGAAUGUAUAUGCAUGUCUGAGUGCUGAAUUGGGGCUUCCUAUUUGUCAACUUCAUUGAUGUGCAACAUAAACACUAACCUACCAUGAAGAAACGA